UUUGGGAUUUUUGUUUUUGUAUUUUGGUUCUUGUUUUUAUUUUUUGUUUCUUUUGGAAUAGAGUGUAAGAAAUUGAUUAGAUUUAUUAUUAGUUAUCUUACCACGCGUGAGCGGAUUUUCGUGUUCUUGUGAAUGUGCGUGUGUGUGUGUUUUUAAUUCGAGACUAGGUUUGAAUUUUGAUAAGAUGAACUCAAGAAGGAUUUGCAUUCGUCGCAUUGGACGAGUAUUUCUUAUACUUUGCUGUCUAGAGUUAUCAUUGAAAGCUUGCUCGGCUGAAUCAAACGUAACGCGAUCCAAUUCAUCGGAUGAAGAAGAGGAUGAAGAACCUGAAAUAACGUUUGACGAAUUCAAAGAAAGAUAUAGAAGAUUAAUACCAUAUAUAGCCUUUUAUGCAGCAAAUAAUAAUCAUUUAAAUGUACAAUGGUUAUCUGGAAAAAAUUUGAUACAACAAGUGCCAUCUAACGAUGUAUCAUCAUCGAGAAGAUCGUAUCAAUAUCCUUUUUCUAGAAUUAACGGUGAUUCUAGAAACGUAUUGAAUAAUUAUAGACCAACUAGUAACAACAACGUUCAAAAUCAAUUGAGAAAAUUUAUUCCAUCUGUACAAUAUGAUCCAAAUGAUGGAACAACAACUGAUACGGAUUAUUUCAUACCGAUAAGAUACAAUUCUAAGAUCAAUCAAGAGGAUUAUUCCACGUCUGUGUAUAAUUCCCAACAAGAACAAAAACAAUCGCAUAUUGAAGUAAAUAAUCCUGUUGGUGAAAUUUUAUCGAAGGAUUAUAGAUACAAUAGACCAAUUCGACCAUAUUUAACAAGUAAUACGAGAGAAUACGUUAAUAGGAAUCAAGGAUUGAAAUCAACUCAUACAAAUUUACCGCAAGAUUACAACACGUUCGAUCACACAAGCGGUAGUACUAAUGGAAAACCUAUCGUUGAAAUUAAUUAUCCUAGUGAAAAUAUCGAUUCUAUUCGAUACCUACCACAACCGGUCAUUUCUACAAAAGGUAUACAACAACAAACAAUAAACAUUCUUGAUAAUCCUUCUUCUUCUUCUUCUACUUCUACUUCUACUUCUGGAAGACAACAGGUAAAUUUACCUACAAGAAACUUAAAUUUCAUUAAUUUCAAUCCAAUAUUAGAAAGUUUUCAAUUGGCCGAACGUUUACCUGAAGCUUUGGAUAAAAAUAAUUUGGAUGAUAGUAUAAAAACGCUGAUAGAAAUACUCAACAUUCUUCACAAUGCUAAAAAAGAAGAAUUUCCUCAAGUACCUCCUCCACCACCCGUGUUAUCCACAAUACCAGGUGCGGUUAGACCACCCCCCAUUCAAAGAUUACCCAACAAUUAUUAUCCUACGAAAAUACGUCCAAAUACUCGACCAAAAGUAAUCACCGAAUCGAGAUUCCCAACGGUACCGGCGUCUUUGUUAAUACCGGAUGAUCCGGACCGUUUCAAACCUACGUCAUCUUACGUAAACGAAGUUAAAACUAAAAUCGUAAUACCACCUACUUACACGCUUGACGAUUACAAAUCUACGCCUACUUACAAUGACAAUGAAUUUCGUGUUACACCUAAAAUACCUGUACAACAAUCAAGUUAUACGUUUAACAAUGAAAACAAUGGUAAGAAAAAACUCGUACAAUUAAACACGGCAUAUAAACCGUUUCUUGAUCAUUCUCAAAACAACAAAAACCCAUUGGAAAUUUCUACACAACAUUCUUACGAAAUUACGGAAGAUCUUAGCGAUGAUAUAAUUGAUCCAGGUCGUUAUACAAUACCUCAUCAUAUUGUUACUGAUCCAACAACGACGAUGGAAACUCAACAAAGUGUUGCUGAAAAUAAUCCAAUUUCUACACCUAAACCAGAAUUAAAUAACCCAUCGUUGAAAUAUGGUGUUACGCGUGGAAAACCAAACGUCGAUUAUCCAACUUAUUCCGUUAUACCGGAAACUGAAUUCAGUUGCAAGAAACAACGAUACAAAGGAUUUUUCGGUGACCCUUCAACCGGUUGUCAGGUAUGGCAUUACUGUGAUCUUAACGGUGGAAAAUCGUCAUUCUUGUGCCCGAAUGGUACAAUCUUCAGUCAAGUGGCAUUGACCUGUGACUGGUGGUUCAACGUCAAGUGCGAAUCUACCACACAAUUGUACGUUCUCAAUGAACGUCUCUACAAAUAUAUACUUCCUAUAAUGCCGAAAUUCCCUGAAGACUUUACCGGGCCGGAAGUCGAUCGAUAUUUAGAGUUCAAGUUCAAGGAAAUGGAAGCUAAGCUAAAGGAAAAAAAAUUAAAGAAACAACAGGAAAGAAAGGACAAAGCCAAAAACAAAAUUCAAUCAUCCGACAACAAUAAUAAAAAUCGCGAAUAAUUUAUAAUUAAUUAUUACAAUAUUAAGAUUUAUAUUUUAUAUUGUUUGUUUUUUCUUCUUUUUGAUAUUCUUCUCUUUUUU